AUGGCGGCCAAUAACCUUGAUAGGGGUUAUGUAUCCCGACAGGCUUUGUACGCCUGUGCUACUUGUGCACCAGCAAGUCCAGCAGGAGUGUGUUUGGCUUGCAGUCUUGAAUGCCACGAGGGGCAUGAGCUAUUUGAAUUAUAUACAAAAAGGAAUUUCCGCUGUGAUUGUGGAAACAGUAAAUUUCCAGGAACAGGUUGCAAGUUGUAUUCUGAGAAAGAUGCUGCAAAUUCACAGAACGUUUACAAUCAGAACUUUAAGGGACUUUACUGUACUUGUCAUCGACCAUAUCCUGACCCAGAAGAUGAGAUUGAGGAUGAGAUGAUUCAGUGUGUGAUUUGUGAAGACUGGUAUCACGGAAGACAUUUGGGUGUUGAGACUCUGCCUUCCAGUGAGAGUUACACUGAGGUAGUGUGUGCAGAUUGUAUGAAGAAACACGACUUCCUGUGGGCUUAUUCUGUACAGAGUCUAGAUACAAAGUGUUUGGUGACAGGGGAUACAUCUGCAGAGGUCAAUGUGGAAGAAACUUCUCCAAACAAAAAAGAAAACCUGGCAGAUACUAGCUGUGAUCAGGGAACAAGUAAAAGCACACAAAAUGACAGCCACUGUCUCCUGAAGGAUAUACAGACAAGAGAUGUAACUUUUAAGGACUGCGGAACAUUUUGGCAGGAUGGUUGGAGGAAAAAGCUUUGUAAAUGUGCAGAUUGUGUGGCAAUGUACAAAGAAAAAUCCCUUGGAUUUCUGAUUGACGAAUCAGAUACUGUACAUAAAUAUGAAGAGCGAGGCAGGGACAAGGCUGUUUCCACCUCUCAGUAUGACAAGGGGCUCCAGGCUUUAUCCUCCAUGGACAGGGUACAACAAGUCGAGGUUAUUCAUGGCUUCAAUGACUUGAAGUCAGAGCUAACAGAUUAUUUGAAAAAGUUUGCUGAAAAUGGAAAGGUUGUAAGAGAGGAGGACAUUCGAGAGUUUUUCUCUGGAAUGGAGGCCAGAAAGCGACAAAGGGCCACAGGACCAAUUCCUUACAUGUGCAAAUGAGACUUUACAAGCUUUAUUAUCAAGUCUCAGUAUUUCAUAGACAGACAAAGAAGGUUUUAUUCUGUUUAUAUUUAUGCCCUUUCAAACAAAGAUGCAAAGGCAGAAAAUGUGAAAAAAAAAUUUUACCAGAAAUUUUGAACAGGUAGUGCAAGGGCUUUCUUAUGUUUACUUCUUGUGAUAUGAACUUCUGAUGGGAACCAACAGUUAGGUCCUUUGAGUUUUAUCUCAUUUAAUGCUUUCACCUUGGACACUAUUUUUGAAUGAUUAUCUGUGGCUUUCACAUUUCACACAUAUAUUCCAUGUUAUAAGAGCUCUUUGGUACCAAGUUUCAUCUUUUGACCUUGAUGUUUAACCUCCUUUUGAAAAA